AUGCGAGUUUCAAACGGGAGUUGUACGCAGCAGGCAUCAAAUACCGAUAUCAACGCACACGUGUUUGAUGUCACACAUAUCAUGGAAGGACCACAAAGUCCUAACGCAAGCCCCGAUAUGGAUGUUUCAAUUGAUUUGCCUGUUUUCGCGCCUUUUUGGGGUGAGAUUUCUCACCAUAUCCCAAGGUCCAAGCCAGAUUGUCCGAUACUGCCAUCCUUUUUGACACCGCUACCAAAGAAUAUUGCAGACGAGGAGCACGAGUACCUAUCCCAGAAAGGCGCUUUAACCGUUCCUGCAUCACGACUUCGGAAUCGGCUCUUGCAGUCCUACAUUGAGCAUAUACAUGGAUUCAUGCCGGUGAUAGAUCUGAAUGAGUUCACGAGCAUGAUAGAAGGUAGCAGUGGCACUUUGAGCCUGCUAUUAUUCCAAGCAGUGAUGUUCGCCGGAGUCGCAUUCGUAGAUAUGGCAUUUCUUCGAGAAAUUGGCUUCGAGGACCGAAAAGUCGCACAACGAUAUUUCUUCAACAAGGUUAAAGUACUCUACGAUGCGGGCUACGAGACCGAUCGCAUCACCAUCAUUCAGUCACUGCUUCUUAUGACGUUGUGGUACGAAUCUCCAGAUAGCCCAAAGGAUAACUGCUAUUGGAUGUCGCUUGCGUCGUAUCUAGGAAGCACGAUUGGCUUGUACAAAGACCCGACCCAGUCCAGGAUGGCCAGCAGCAAACAACGACUGUGGAAACGAUUAGCGUGGGUAUGCUUUGUGAGAGACCAGGUGCUCCAUUUGGGGAUGAGCCGGCCGGCAGAAGUGAAAAAGGAGAAUUUCAACGUGCCCAUGAUUACCUUAGAUGAUUUUGACAUUGAUCCGGUCAGUAUCGACGUCUCCUGCGUGCCGGUCGAUUGCCACCUGGCCCGGAGCUCCACCAUUCUCCAGAAGUUGGCCGCCAUGUGCAUCCAACAAAUGAAGUUGUCUCUUUGCGUGGCCGACGUCUUGAGCUUGCGAUACUCGGUACAGCAUUUCAAACAGGGACAAGAAGGCCCAGCUGGAGUUGGAGUUGUCUCGUCGACGAAUACGUUACAGCCAAACAACGUCGAUCUAGAAUCAUCGCCAAUUCACCAAUGUUAUCUGGAACUCCGCACGUGGUACACCAUGCUCCCCGAGGAAGCCAUAUACUCACGACCCUCUGACCUACCCUUGAUCGGACUAGAAGAGACUCUCACAGUCCAUCGUGGUCUGCUGCACCUGCAAUAUCACGCAACCAUGAGUGCGCUGUAUCGGCCGCAGGUUCUGCGAGCUGCGAGUUGGAGUCAUUCAGAAUCGCAUCGCGCUCGACUAGAGGUACUCCAGGAAGCUGCCGGUCGCAUCACAGAAAUCAGCAAUGAUCUCUUCGAGCUCGACUUACUACGUUUCUUCACCACAGCCGGAUGCGGCUUCCUGCUACCCGCACUCACAUUCUAUUUGGCCGGCAUCUUGACUGGAACCAAGGAAGUCCAGCAGGCCAGCAUCCGAAGCUUCGCGAAAUGCAUGCGAGUACUCCAGCGCCUGCGCGAAACGAGCAUCGCUGCAGAUUUUGUCAGUCAGUUUCUUCUCACAGCCCUGCAGAGGCACGGCCUCAACGGCGGCCAGGGGGGCUUUCCGUCAGGUCUGAUGAACGUCGAUUCCGUCCUGAACACUAACUCGGAUGCGAACCUGUAUGCACAAAUGCCGCAGGCCGCCUUCUCUGACAGUGGCGGUGGCCUGUGGUCCAGAGAAGAUCUCGGGAACUUGAAUGGACACUCGUCAACAGUAGGGAUGAAAUCCCCAAGUUUCUCACUAACAGCGGGAAUGGACAUAGACUCAUUCACCGAUCUUUUCGACUUGUGGACUUAUACUCCCCUUCAUGAUUCAGGUAAUCUCGACUGUAAUCAGGCUGUAGACAAUUCUGUUCGGAAUACGAAUUCGGGUUAUAUGUCCCAGAUGGACCUCGAAUGGUUUCUAGGCGCUUCAGGUGCACAUACAUAA